AUGAAUAUUAUAAAGUUGAUUGAAGAAGUUAUUGGAUUCAGACCUGCAAUACAUGGUGGAAGGACACCAUUAAUGUGGGCGGCUCAGUUCGGACACCUGGAGGUGGUGACGUACCUAAUCACUCACGGCAGUCAAUUAGACGCUACAAACAAGGUUGGUAGUUCACCAUUAAUGUUGGCCGCUGGUGAAGGACACCUGGAGGUAGUGACGUACCUCGUCACUCACGGCAGUCAGUUAGAUGCUACAUUCAUGGGUGGAAGUACACCAUUAAUGUUGGCCGCUGAGAGAGGACGCCUGGAGGUGGUGAGGUACCUCGUCAGUCAGGGCAGUCAGUUAGACGCUACAGACGUGGGUGGAAGGACACCAUUAAUGUGGGCGGCUCAGUUCGGACACCUGGAGGUGGUGACACACCUGGUCACUCACGGCAGUCAGUUAGAUGCUACAUCCAUGUAUGGACAGACACCAUUAAUUUUUGCCGCUGAGGAAGGACACCUGGAGGUUGUGAUGUACCUCGUUACUCACGGCAGUGAAUUAGAAGCCUCAAACGAGGACGGAUUGACACCAUUAAUGUUGGCGGCUGAUGAAGGGCACCUGGAGGUGGUGACGUACCUCAUCACUCACGGCAGUCAGUUAGAUGCCACAGACGAGAAUGGAUGGACAUCAUUAAUGUUGGCCGCUCGGGGAGGACACCAGGAGGUGGUGAUUUACCUCGUCACUCAUGGCAGUCAGUUAGACACUACAGACGUGCGUGGACAAACAGCUUUACAUCAUGCUGCUGAGUAUGAACGGAUUGAUACAACAAAAUGGUUGAUAGAUCAAGGAUGCAGUACUUGGGUGAAAUCAUUGGAGGGUAAGACUCCUUAUGAUUUGGUAAAAAUAGAAAGCUCUGAUGAUGAAGAGAGAAAAAGUAAGAAGGAAGAACUGAUGGACUUCCUUAAGACUGUCAUGUCAAAGACAUCCCCAGAAGUAGCUCCUGACACCCAUUUACAGUAACCUGCAGCACCAGUAGUUGAAGAUUGUUGUUGAUUUUGAUUUUUAGUGGGAUGGAGUCCCGAUACAGUGUUUUGUUGUAUUGAGAAAAUUGUGUGAUUUGAUUGGAUGAGUAAUUAGAUGCAGAUGGACGUUUAAAUGACUAUUGAAGUGUGAAUAUGUAUGAAAUGGUUUAAAUGUUUGAAGAAGGAGAAAAAAAUAAAGUAUUAAAGUGUGCUACUCACAAGGAGAGCUCAUUCCUAUUGUA